GCUCCAAGUUCAUCGUUCUUUACAAUGGUAUUACAACCAUCACCAGGGUACUAUCCGCAAUUGGUGAGAAUAUUCCAUGGGCAUUUUCACCUGGUCUUGUUACCAUACCGACCAAUACAUCUUCGUCCAUGUUCACACUCAUAUCAUACGGAGGAUCACAUUGUAAUAACUUCAGCGACGCGGAAUGUGUCCGCUUCUCCACGGAUAUCUUCCAGGUCACAAUCGACAUAUCAGACCCAUCGGUACCAGUAAAGUGGAUAAAAUCGGAGCAUCAGUUAGCAAAUACCGGCACUAGCUCUCCAAGCCCCCGAGCAAACCCCACUCUAAUAUCUAUAAGUGAUUCCCAGUUAUUGCUGUUCGGUGGAGUGGAAGCACAUGGAUAUUCUCAACCCAUCCAGGUACGAAUGUUAAACGAUUUCUGGAUUUUCAAUAUUGAACAAGGUACAUGGCUGGAACUCAAAUCCAAUUUUCCAUCUAUCUACUCUCCUGCGGGCGAUAUGAGUAUGAUGAGGGAGUUUUUGAAUAACUUGCAAGUUGCUUAUUUCAGCGCUUUUCGAUCACUGAUUGUGGCAUACUCUUUUCCACAUGGUCCGUUUAUCCUGUACAUAUGCGCUCUGCCAACCCAAGACAAGGACCCAGUUCACUGCGAAGCUAAAGGGAAACUUACAGACCUAUAUAUACAGAACUAUCCGCACGACAUCCCUUGGUUUUCAUUGUUGUCUAGCCCAACCGACGAAUUCCAUAUCGUCUUUCAAAGAAUAAGAAGCACAAAAAGUUUCACCUUGCAUCAGUGCGUCCAAUGUCAAUCCAACACGUCCCAGCUAUCGAUUACGCAUAAGCCACAUAUUGAUGUUCGAAGUCAUUUUUCAGGCUUCCAGGGUUGCAAGACAGCACGUCCUUUGUCUAUACCCCUUUCUCACAGCAUUUCAAUAUACAUUUUUAUUGGUUCGAACUGUCCAGAAAGAAUAACAGCUCGUUAUGAUAUUCGCUUUACUCGUUCGCAGAGACCAACCCCUAUUGUUGUUUGGCAACUUUUAUACGAUCGAUUUGGAACUUCAACAAUAGUCGCCAAGUAUCCUUCAUCAUCGCCUCUGCUUUAUAAUCGAGGGGACUUCACAUUCACAUCCGUCCAGCCAUUCAUGGGAAUUCUCUUUGGAGGUUCACGGUCAAUAAACAAAAGCUACGAUUACCCUAGUUCUACUUGGUGUUUGUAUAUCCAGGUUGAUAGCCAAGCUCGAGAUUCCACAGUCUACUGGCGACGCCUUACUGCAUGUCAAUCCAAGCCCACACCAAUGCCUCGAGAAGACCAUGUGGCAUUCAGGCACAAGAGGGCACACUUGGUGAUACACGGUGGGAGUGACCAGACACAGAUAUACAACGACUUAUGGCUACUGAAGAUGACAGAUGAACAGUCGUGCUCCGGUACGUGGACCCAACUGACUGAUAAUGUUUUCGGUGAGAAACUGCCUCGUCGAUAUGGUCAUUCAGCCACUAAGUAUGGUGAUGACAUCAUUCUGUUUGGUGGUUACAACGCAUUCAAUGAAGAAAGUCAAAAAAGCGUCGAUAACACACGUGACAAUGGAGAUGGGUUAGCAAUGACUGGUUACUUGUUGGUGAUGUCGAUCAAGAGCCUUUCUUUCAUUCAUCUCCGCAAGAUUCCUUUGUCACAACAAGUUCAAUUGCGCGUCUUCCAUUCUUUGUCUCCUUACUUGAACAAUUCAUUUUUACUACUAGGCGGAUUUUCAUUGCGUCGCCGACCCACGAGUGCUGCAUUUCUUUUUCAAUUGUGGGGCCAUGGAACUAAAAUCACAGUUAAGGUUAUACACUUUUUCAACGUCACCAUCUAUGGUCAACAUGUGAUCGAUGACUUGGUCUUCUCAGGUGGCCUUGAUUACGAUCUCUAUGAUCAAAAUCUACCAAGACAAAGCUUAACCUUUCUGACAUUGAACAGUUUGGACCAUUGUCCAUUGGGCUAUGGAUACUCGGAACACCGUUCCUGUGAGCCCUGUCCUAUAGGGUACUACUCGUCAGCUAUUGUUGUGAACUGUACGAGAUGUCCUGGUGAUUUGACGACACAAGGUAUUGGGGCCUGGAAAUGCGAUACCAUAUGUAUGGACAGCUACUGCCAUGGCCACGGUACAUGCAAGCUGGAUAGAGAUGACAAGAAGUAUUGCGACUGCAAGUUUGGAUACCUGCCUUCCGACAACUGCCGCACACCCGUAGUCUACCUUUCUCAGAUGGCAGCCGUUAUAUUUUCCUUCGUGCUUUCUUUGAGCAUUGCGUUCCUAGUGAAGUUCAUUCAAAAGCGUCGCGACUUGAGGAAUACGGAGAAAGAGUUGCAAAUCCAGCAUUUUCGUCUCCAAAGGUCCCUGAGGAAACUUGGAGAACUGAACCGGGGAGCGCGAAUUCAAUGGAAAGACUUAACAAUCAAGAAACGACUGGCAUCGGGGACCUACAGCAAGGUGUAUAUUGCAAAGCUCAGUGACAUGGAUGUUGUAGUCAAGAAACUUCCCAAGCGCUUCAAUCGAACGCGAUGGCGUACAUCGCCUUUUGACACCUUCUUAGAGGAGGCUGAGACACUGCGAUCCGUGUGCCACCCAAAUAUUGUCCUCUUUCUUGGAGCAGGCCAGGACACAGCGGACAAGUGCCCAUUCUUGGUUAUGGAGUACUUACGACGAGGUUCCCUCUACGACAAUCUGCAUAAUGCACGUGUCCAACUGGAACAAGAGGAUAUGCUCCGGUUUGCUCUGGACAUCGCUCGUGGUAUGCGAUAUCUGCAUAGCUCCAAUCCUCCACAGAUUCACCGUGAUCUAAAGAGUCCAAACCUCUUGGUCAGUGACAAGUGGGUGGUGAAAAUCGGAGACUUGGAAUUCACCAGAUACCUUACCCUUAUGGAGAGCGAAGAUCGUUCGCAGUUAGGGCAGCAAUCCACUAGCGAUGCCCGACCCAACGCUCAGGCAGCAAGCGUUCUCCACGAUCAUUCAAUAGCAGACAGCAGCGAAAACGAAAACCUGGUUCAACGUACGGUCUCUGAAUGCCAGAAUCUUUCACAUCUACCAAUACACCACAGCGGUAGUGAUACGGCCAGUCCACUUCUGUGCGAUGAGAGACAAUCACCAUCUGGAAAUGAUAAUCAUGGUCAGGAUACCAUGGUAGCUGACGACGCUGACAGUACUCCACAUCACUGUUUCACGGCCUCACAGCUGCCAUCACGAGUUGGAAUGACGUGUGGUGUUGGAACUGACAGAUGGAGAGCUCCGGAGACACUGUCUGAGAACAGUUACACGGAAAAAUCAGAUGUGUAUAGUUAUGGCGUAGUUCUGUGGGAGAUAUCUACUCGUCAACUUCCCUACGCACAUUUGAAGUUCCCGGAGGACAUCCAUCAAGAGAUCCUGGAUGGAAACACGCCAGUCUUUCCUCCCACCACUCCCUACCCGUACCGUCACCUGGCUGAGAAAUGCAUGAGCGACGAACCACGUACUCGGCCCUCGUUCCAGCAGAUAUUUCAUGAGCUUGAAGAUUUACAGGUAUCGGAGUAAGAAUAAGCAU